AUGCCCCAACAUUCAGCUCCUGCCAAGAGGACGGACGCAAGAGGAAGAAAAUCGUCCUUUUCAAUUCCAUCACAGAGCAAGGAGUAGGAGGAGCCAGCCGAGUGAGAUAGUGAUGCUCCCAGCAGGUGCCAACAAGUGAGAGGUAGCCGAGAGAGAGACCAAGAGCGAGGGAGAUGGAGAAGAGCCUGUGAGAGCGAGAAGACACCCCGAGCCCCGAGAGAAAUCCAACCACAGCUUGUGUAUUUUCAGUCCUCCUGCUCCGUUUUUUUUUCCUGCCCGACAUCGCUGCUGCCAUGCUGUGUCCUGUGCUGCUUUGUGCCGCUCUGCUCCUCCUGACGCCCCUGGAGAUCACGGAGGCUCGCGCUCUGCACCCUUCUCCUGAUGCCGCGCAGUUCAUGGAGCAGUUUCUGGAACGCUACAAUGACCUUUUGACCCUGGACGACCUGGAGAACCUGUUGAACACCCAGCCAGAGGAGCAGUCCACCUUCUCCUCUGGGGCCAAAGCGGCAGAGUACCCCAAAUGGGCCGACGCACAAACGCAGGCUGAGACCCCCUGGCUGCGCCUGCUGAAGGGGGCUCUGGCCAAUCAGAAGCGAGCAGAACCAGACCGGUCACGGAGGGGAUGGAACCGAGGGUGCUUUGGUCUCAAACUGGAUCGGAUCGGGUCCAUGAGCGGACUCGGCUGUUAGUGGAGAGAAAAUGAAAGACUGAUGACGUCCUUCUGAGAGUAAAUAAGUGGGAAAACACACAUGUAAAGGUGUUGAUGUGCAGAGAGGGAUGUUUACAUGCGUGUACACUACAUGUAGUCUGGUGUUCACAUGCAGCUAAUGUGGUUUCAUCCAGCGUAGGUGCCAUAGAUCAGAUGCUUCACACUAUCCUGGCUGUUUUGAUGGAGCAGCUGUAGUUUUAUUCCAUGUGUAAAGUGAAUAUUAGAACUUGUGAGCAAUGUUUACAUCAAAUUGAUCAUAUUUGGCUGUUGGGCUUGUUUUUUUUAAAGUAAAUUGGCACUUUCUGUUUCUGGCUUGUCUUCGUACAGUAAAUGUAAAAGUGUUUAGAUUGUUUUUUGGUCAGGGGAUUGUGUGUAAAGUCAGGUCCAUAAAGGACGGCACCUGUAACUCCUGCUGUUUGUUUUUAUGUUGACUUAUGAUUUGCAUGAAUAAAUGGAUUUGACAUUU